UAUGUCCAAAUUACAUAUGUUAAAUUGGGAUUUUAAAUAUGACUUAUAAGGCGGUUGCAAUUUAGAAUAGUUAAUUGAACCGUAAUUUCCGUCUUACAGGUACGCGCUCCGUUUUUACUUUUAUAUCUGUAUUAUUUAUUUUGGAUGUCUACAAUUAAUGUAUAUAGACGACACCUGUUAAUGUUCCAUAUACUUUUUGGAGGGCUGUCACAAUAACGUGAUACCGGCUUGACACUCGGUUGUGACAUUGAACUUUACUAACGGCAGGAACUGGGCGUGAUCAUGGCAAAGCCAAUCGCACUUGUAGUAGAUAAUGGAUCGCAUUCAUGUAAGGCCGGAUUUGCUAACGAAAAUACCCCUCGUGUGUUCAUACCAUCCAUUGUCGGUCAUCCUCGUGAUGAGUUGAAAGGGACGUCGAAAAAGGACUGCUUCAUUGGAGGUGAAGUCCGAGAUAUCAGAGAGAUGCUGGCUUUGCGGAACCCAAUAGAAUUCGGCGUCAUCAACAACUGGGAUGGGAUGGAAAAACUAUGGCAGUAUAUAUUUCAUGAUCAACUCCGAGCACCUCCGGAUGAGCAUCCAGUUUUGUUGACAAGGCCCCCACACAACCCCAGAGGUGUUACGGAGAAGAUGACAGAGAUCAUGUUCGAGACGUUUAACACCCCCGCACUUUAUAUAGCGGUCACCGGCGAACUUUCCCUACUCUCGAUUGGGCAGGAUACUGGCCUCGUGUUGGACUCUGGGGAGAUUACAACACACGCUAUGCGUAUUUACAAGGGACGUUGUGCGUCUCUUCGAUGUGAUCGUGUGGAUUAUGCCGGGCAAGACUUGACAUCAUAUCUCACAAGAAAGCUACGGGAGAAGGGUUGUAGUUUUACCAAAGGAACGGAAUACGAUGUUGUACGAGACAUCAAAAGGACGAUGUGUUGUGUGUCUUCCGACUUUGAGAGUGAUCUAUCCUCCUCUGGUACAGAAACGAUAUAUCAACUACCUGAUGGUUCAAAAAUAAAUAUCGGUAACGAACGCUUCCAUUGCCCAGAAAUUCUCUUUAAUCCAAAAACAGAUGGAAUUGAGUUCCCUGGGAUUCACGAGCUUAUCAAUAUAACCAUCCAAAAAGCAGACGCUAGUUUGCACAAAGACAUGUACAAUAACAUUGUGUUAUCUGGAGGAACAACCAUGUUUCCUGGAAUUGCUGAACGUCUCACUAAAGAACUAAAAUGUGGUCUCAAUGUGACGGCCGAAGUGAACGUGAUAGCCGACAAGAACCGGGAUUAUUUGGCAUGGACUGGAGGCGCAAUGGCUGGAAAUUUAUCAACAUUUGAAAAGAUUUGUGUUAAAAUAGAAGAAUAUGACGAAGUGGGACCUGCUUUAUGCACUCAGAAAUAUUUCUAAUGUGGCGUUUGCAAAAUAUAUUGAUUUAUGGGGAAAACAUAUUUUUCGAUUUGUAACGGUCUUUUAUUUUUUAUUUUGGGAGUAUAUUAGAGAAUCCAAACCUAUUCCGUCUUUGCGUAUUGCAGAGUUAUCUCCUCCUAUGAGCAGGUAUU